CAGCGUGCCACCGGUAUCCAUUAUCUCCGGUCAGGUCACUCCGCGGCCACACGCAACUUGGCCUCCGCGGUUUCGUCGGUGCUCUGCUCCAGCUCACAUCAUUAUAUAGGCAUCGUCCUGCAGCUAGGACGGCAAGCAAACCACAGCAGACCGAGCCAAGAAACCUACUCUCAUCAUUUUUUAAUCCUCGCGUCGUUGACUGCCGCGUACGAUGGCUGAGGCCGAGGCGGCCGCGGCGGGUCCGGCGGAGGAGGGGAGGGGCAAGACGGUGGUGCUGGUCGGCGUGGACGACAGCGACCACAGCUACCGCGCGCUCGAGUGGGCCGUGCGUUACGUGGCGGAGACGGCCGGCGCCGGGGCCGCGGCGGAGCUCGUCGUCGUCCACGCCAAGCCGGCCGUGUCCUCCGUCGUCACCCUCGGCGGCCCCGCCGCCGCCGGGGACGUGGUGAGGUACGUGGAUGCGGACCUGCGCAGGAGGGCCGACGAGGUCGUCGACAGGGCUCGCCGCCUCUGCGCCGCCAACUCGGUGCAGGGUGUGGUGGAGGUGAUCGACGGGGAGCCGAGGUACGUGCUCUGCAACGCCGUGGAGAAGCACCACGCCGACCUGCUCGUCGUCGGCAGCCAUGGCUACGGCGCCAUCAAGAGGGCAUUCCUCGGGAGCGUGAGCGACUACUGCGCCCACCACGCGCACUGCUCGGUGAUGAUAGUCAAGCAGCCAAAGCCCAAGGAAUGAUCGCCAUUUCCAGCUCCGGUGUUGGCAUUGUGACAUUUGCGUGCCACACGAACUGCACUGCACUGCACUGUAUCCCUGCCUAAUUACUGCUUUAUUUGUUCGAUCCUCCUAAUGUCUGUACAUGAUGCUUUAAUUGGGCUCAUCUUCUGGUAUCAUCGCCGUUUGCUGCACUUGUUUGCACCAUUAACCCGGUAGAAGUUGAAGGAUUA